UGCGGGCAGACAGUAUGUCGAUGAUGGGGAGAGUAAGAUGGUCGAUGAAGCCUCCAUAGAGGAGAUUUUCGAAGAUAUUGACAUGAACGAUGAUUUCAAACUCGAUGUGGACGAAGAUUCGAAGAGCGAGUUGAAGCAAGAGACGCCGCAUCAGUCAAAGCUGUCGCUGGAGACGCUUGCUGCCGGACAAGAGAUCAUCAUGAGGCAGCUGAACGGCAUGCAGUCAACCCUCAACCUGCUCGCAAAUCGUUUCCUCGGCAUGCCGGCAGCCGACGAGCAGGUCGUGACCUCUCUGCCGCUCGGCCAACCCGCGAAGGAAGAAGACAAGUUCAUACGCGCCACUCCGGAGAUCGGAGCCGCGAAAGUUGUGAGCAAAGACGCUGAGGCGCGGGCGGACGACGAUUGA